CGAAACGAUCGCUUCCUCUUAGCGCAAGAUAAGUAGGGUCAUGAGGCUGCCGAUGAUGUCGACCGGCCGCGGAAGAUGUAGCGGAGGACGGUCCUGGCCGUCUGCAACUUCGGUAUCGUCUUCGGGUAAGAGAAUUCAGAAGGAGAUGUCGGAGCUGAGUAUGGACCCGCUGCCGGACUGCUCCGCCGGUCCCAAAGGCGACAAUCUCUACCACUGGGUCGCCACUCUCUUCGGUCCCUCCGGGACGCCUUAUGAAGGAGGCAUAUUUUUUCUUGAUAUAACAUUCCCGGGAGAGUAUCCAUUCACAGCACCCAAGGUCAUUUUUAAAACUCGAAUCUACCAUUGUAAUGUUGAUCCUGCCGGAAAUGUUAGUCUGCAAAUCCUGAAAGAAGGGUGGAGUCCAGCUCUAACUAUCUCGAAAGUUCUGGUGGCGCUCAGAUCAAUAUUUACCAACCCGGACCCCUACAAACCACUUAUUCCAGGCAUCGCCGAGUUAUACUUGGCCGACAGGGCUAAACACGAUGAAGUAGCUGCAGAGUGGACUCUACGAUUCGCGAGGUGAAUCCAAUGCAGUUAAGGUCAUGAAAUGAUGUUGUGCUAUGUGCACGGGAAAAUUUGUUUAUUCAGAUGGCACUUGGGAAUCAAAUGAUCUGUCCUGAGGCAUUGUUCCAUAUCCCUGAUUGCUUUUGCCCUUGCUCUUGCUCAGCUUUGAAGUAAUCAGCAACUUAUUACAAGAUAUGUAGAGCUCUUGUUCCUGUGUUGUAUUAUUUGUUUCAUCCAAUGUUGUUACUAAGUUGCAUAAUCAUCUUUGAGACCUUGUGAUAUGAUGAAGAAUUGCAGCCAUUUGGUCAUAUUUUGUAAUGUUAUCAUCCAUUUGUGGCA